AUGUUCAUCUAUGACACGGCGGUCGACGAGGUCGGAGGAGUCCUGGGCUUCAUCUCACCACUCGAUGAUUAUGCGUUCACCCCGCUGAGGUGUCUGGGCGCAAGCCAAAUCUACAAUGCUAUCAACAUGGCUCGGUCGGACUAUUCAAAAAGUCGCUCAAAGGUCAUUCUAAGAAUUCGACGAGUCAAGUGCGGAGAAGAAAAGCCUAGCUGUGUUCGAUGUAGCAGUACAGGUCGCACAUGUGACUAUGCAGACACACAGUCCUCUUCCCUAAUCUCGGUCAUCACCAGUCCCUUAUCAUUAUCACCAGACACCAACACGGUAUGGCGAGAGCGUCGUGCAUUUGCCUACUAUUUCGAAUGUGCUGCCUCCUCCAUUGGUGGUGGAUUGGAUGUUGAUUUCUGGCGCACUGUUGUCCCGCAGGUUUGCCGCUAUGAACCUGCUGUAUGGGAUGCCAUCAUCACCAUUAGUGCCCUAUUUGAGCGUCCGCAACAAUCUCUGAAUCUCAUGCUACAACGCCAUGAUAAUCCAGCCUCUCUCACUAAAAACCAACAAGAUGCCUUGGGCUGGUACUCGCGCUCGGUAUCUGCUGUUCGCCAGCGCAUCGAGCAGGGGAGCAUAGACGUCUUUGUCGGACUGAUUAGUUGUGUGCUUUUCAUCUGCAUUGAGGCCAUCCAGGGAAAUGCAGACGGGGCAAUGCAGCUUUAUCGUCAAGGUGUCCAGCUCAUUAACGCUUUGCGUUCCCAAAUAGCACCUGCGGCUACGAAUAAUAAAGCUUCAUUACUGGAGGAUACUAUUAUCCCGAUCUUCAUUCGUUUGGGAACAUUCGCUCUUGCCUCCGGUGGGGUUCCCGUGACCGUUUUACUACAAGACACUGAAUAUGCUUCGGGGGAGCAGUUUGACUCACUCAAGUCUGCUCGAGAGGCGAUCGUGCUCUUAGCAAUAGAUAUCCCCUACUUUGAACGCACUUGCUACAAGCACCUACUCCAGGUGCAUGUCUCGCAUAUGCCGGAGGAAUUUAAUACUAGACUAUUCAGUCUAGCGGCCAAGCUGAGGAAUUGGCGUACUGCCUUUGAUAGGUUGAUGACAGUUCUUCGCGCUAAAGACAUUUUAUCGCUGCAACAGAUUGGUACCAGUGCCCUUCUGUUGAGUUAUCAUGAAAUGUUGUAUGUCAUGCUCGAGACCUGCACAUCACUGUCAUUUAUGCAAUUCGACGCUUAUCUACCAAACUUCCAAAACAUAGUUGAACAAUCUGCUAUUGCACCUAAAGCCUCGGUGCGAUCAGAUGGCACUCAACCACCAUUUACAUUUGACCUUAAUAUUGGUCUUCCGCUUUGGUUCACCAGUCUUCGAUGUCGCGAACCGCAUACCCGACGUGCGGCCCUGGCUCUACUUCGUCAAGCGCCCUCGGUACAAGGGUUUUACCAGUGCUCAAUAUGGGCAGGCGUGGGCCAAAUAAUCAUGGAUCUAGAAGAAUCACAUGCAAUGGCAAUGAAUGCGGCCCAUCUUACAGCCAAUUUCGAUGCAUUGGAUUCGACAAACGGACCAAUUUCCAGCUCCGAAAUUGCCGCAAGUUCAUGUUCUGCUCAUGCGGACAUGAGACCGAAAAUACCAACAGCAUUGCUUAUCCCAGAGGAGGCGCGCAUUGGACCCAUUGCUGCUUUUCGGCCAAUGGAUGGUUUCCCCCAUGGAACCACUGAGGCAGAUAUCGUGAAGUGGAACCGGGGCCCUGAUCAAGUCUUUCUGAGGUUUUCCCGGAGCGAGCGCAGUCUAACUGGCGAUCCUUGUCAGAUGAUGUUCCAAUACAUUCCUCUUGACUUUUGA